AUGCAGAUUUUCGUCAAAACCUUAACUGGUAAAACGAUCACACUCGAAGUUGAACCAAGUGAUACCAUCGAAAACGUGAAAGCCAAGAUCCAAGACAAGGAAGGCAUUCCACCUGAUCAACAACGCCUCAUCUUUGCCGGUAAACAACUCGAAGACGGUCGUACAUUAAGCGACUACAACAUUCAAAAAGAAUCGACUCUCCACUUGGUUCUCCGCUUACGUGGUGGUAUGCAAAUUUUCGUCAAAACCUUAACCGGUAAAACGAUCACACUCGAAGUCGAACCUAGCGACACCAUCGAAAACGUUAAAGCCAAGAUCCAAGACAAGGAAGGCAUUCCACCUGAUCAACAACGCCUCAUCUUCGCCGGUAAACAACUCGAAGAUGGUCGUACGUUGAGCGACUACAACAUCCAAAAAGAAAGUACACUUCAUCUUGUACUUCGAUUACGUGGUGGUAUGCAGAUUUUCGUCAAAACCUUAACUGGUAAAACGAUCACACUUGAAGUUGAACCAAGUGACACCAUCGAAAACGUGAAGGCUAAAAUUCAAGAUAAAGAAGGCAUUCCACCUGAUCAACAACGCCUAAUCUUUGCCGGUAAACAACUCGAAGAUGGUCGUACAUUGAGCGACUACAACAUCCAAAAAGAAAGUACACUUCAUCUUGUACUUCGAUUACGCGGUGGUAUGCAGAUUUUCGUCAAAACCUUAACCGGUAAAACGAUCACACUCGAAGUCGAACCAAGUGAUACCAUCGAAAACGUGAAAGCCAAGAUCCAAGACAAGGAAGGCAUUCCACCUGAUCAACAACGCCUCAUCUUUGCCGGUAAACAACUCGAAGACGGCCGUUCAUUGAGCGACUACAACAUCCAAAAAGAAAGUACACUUCAUCUUGUACUUCGAUUACGUGGUGGUAUGCAGAUUUUCGUCAAAACCUUAACCGGUAAAACGAUCACGCUCGAAGUCGAACCUAGCGACACCAUCGAAAAUGUCAAAGCCAAGAUCCAAGACAAGGAAGGCAUUCCACCCGAUCAACAACGCCUCAUCUUCGCCGGUAAACAACUCGAAGAUGGUCGCACAUUGAGCGACUACAAUAUCCAAAAAGAAAGUACACUUCAUCUUGUACUUCGAUUACGCGGUGGUAUGCAGAUUUUCGUCAAAACCUUAACUGGUAAAACGAUCACACUCGAAGUUGAACCAAGUGACACCAUCGAAAACGUGAAAGCCAAGAUCCAAGACAAGGAAGGCAUUCCACCUGAUCAACAACGCCUCAUCUUUGCCGGUAAACAACUCGAAGAUGGUCGUACACUAAGCGACUACAACAUUCAAAAAGAAUCGACUCUUCACUUAGUCCUUCGGCUUCGAGGUGGUACUGAACAAUAA